UCACUCAGCUCAAAAUCGAUCACAAUCCCUUUGCAAAAGGAUUCCGUGAUGCGGGGGCCGGGAAAAGAGAGAAAAAGUGAACGCCACACCAUGUUAUUAGGUUCCCAGUCUUCCCAGAUGUAUGCUUUGGAGGCCACACAAGGGGGCGCUACGAACCAGAACAGAGAUAGUCCAGAUCACAAUCUAGAUACUGAACUAAUAGAUGACUCCAGUGAUGAAGAUGAACGACUUGAUGUAGGUGGCGCUGCAGACUUAAAGCCAGUGAUAACAGUUUCGGAAAGUCAAACGCAAGACGAGUGCUCCAGGAAAGAGACACCUGAAGAAACUGAAGAGCAUAGUUUUCUCAAUGGUUAUUAUAGCCAGAGUCCCGACAAAGUUUCUACUAGUCCUAGUUCUAAAACCACGCCCGAAAAGGUCGUAAGGCACGAAAGUGGAGGGUCCCCCAGUAGGCUAAGUUCUUCACCAAAGUGUCCGAACCUUAGUGUCGCUAGCUUGACUUCAGACUCGACCCCAGUCACUACAGAUGGAUUAUCCCAGACUAUUAGUCAAAGUUUUCCGAUUGGUGCAAGCCUACCCCACCCUCACCUGUUGCCCUUCCUUUAUCCUCCAGCCCUGUAUCCACAGCUCUUACUACCAUCUACUUCUUCCUUGACCUCGGGGUCAUCGUCUCACUUUUAUCCUCUUUUAGCGCAUGGCUAUUCUGGUCUGCUAGACUUGGGUAAUCGAUUACGACAGCAUCGUUUCGCCCCAUAUUCCGUACCUUCGUUCGCUACCACAUCUUUAGGCGAGACUAUUUCUCACAUCGCGUCUUCGUCUUCUUCUUCUUCUUUAGGCCAACCAACGUCACCAGUUUCCGAGGCUGGUAGUCCCGAGGGAGUAGCAAAUACCUCCAGUGAUCUAAAAAACAUUGAAAACAUGGUGAAUGGGCUUCAGCGAAGACAGGAACAGUUAAAUGUCGAGACUCUCACUCGACUACAUAACAAAUAACAGCAACAAAAGGCCAAGUUAAUUCUCAAAACGAAACGGCGACUUCUACCCAGUUUUUUUUUUCUGACCCCAGGUCAGCGACAUAUUUCUCAAAACACACACACUGGACUUUGGGAGUAAAAAUAAAAAUCAUUAACUUCAGGUCUCGUGGCUCCACUUAGGACAAAUCAUCUAAUCUAAAAUCAUAUUAAAUACCACUGACCGUCUUAUACGCCUAUAUACACCCUCUACGUUAUGUAUGACAAAAACCAAAGACGCUGUAAUAUAGAACAGUAAUCCCUGUAAUAUAGAACUGUAAUCCCUGUUUUAAUCUUAAUGCAGUGCUUUACAUUGAAUGUUAUUGGCCAAUUUGUACAUUGCUUUCAGCCUGAGAAACGAAGUUACAGGGGAUUUCUUUAGCUUUUUUUUUUUUUUUUUUUUGUUACGAGU